AUGCCUCGAAAACUAAAGACGAUUCCUGGUCCUUCGAGGUUGUCGAAAAUUAUCGAGAAUCUUACAAGAGCCCCACGGCCCCAGCUCAACAGCGUCAAGAGCUUGAAAGUCACAUUAGCCUCGCGGAAUGAUCAUUUUGGAGCAAGACAUUUCGUGAAGGAGGACCUUCCGCGCAUACGUUACGUGAACCCCGCUCUUGAUAUUCAGGUGAACAAAUUGCCCAAAUCACUCCAAGAUUCGUGGCAGCCUGAGAUGAUCGUUGAGUUCCGCGAUGGGUCAACGCAAACUUUGAACAUGAAUCAAAAAUGGUCGUCUGCUAUAUUUCAGGAACUCAUGGACCUCGGAGGCGGAGCACCAUGGCAACGCUGGAAAAAGGAGAGGAUUGCUGCUGGGUUGCCCAUUGUAGAUCCACCUACUGUGAACGUCAAACCAUCACAAAGCAUGUCUACGGAAGAAAUCAUUUUCGGUGUAGGGCGGCCAAGGACUGGAGCUGCCGCAGUCUUACCUUAA